CGACACCCCCACGACUGGUCGACGGCGUGGUCGGAGCAUCCAAAGGAUAAAAAAUAUUGAAAACAACCCCAACUCAAGCCACAAGGCUCUUCCUCUGGGACAGAACAACAACCUGUCGUCAGCUGUUGGCAAUACUCCCUAAAUAGAGGAAAAGGGAUUUAUUUUGAUGUCGUAACUCCCCCAGAACAGAAUAAAAAAGGAAUUAUUUUUCAACAAUUGGACAUUGCAAGUGCGUCAAUUGUAUUUUUAGUUUAGGUUAUUUGGGUCACGUAACGAAUGUAACGAAUACAUUUCUGGGUCAAACGAUUGAUUACUGAGGAUGGACGAGGCGCCGAAAUUGUACGGGAGGAGACGGAGUAUCGUGAGGCGGAUCGGCUCCUUUCUUCCUCUCAAACCACCUCCCAAGAUUUAUGUGAGCGUGACUGCUCUUCAUUCCAUGUCCAACUCGAUGAUCAAUGAGGAGAGCAAUGGGGAGGCUGGGAGUCCCAACGAUUUUGGAGAAGGCAGACUGUCCGGCAGUAAACCAGACCUCUUAGAGCCAAUUAGUUUCGGCUCUGAGGUGCGUCUCCUAGCCCUAGAGCAGGAGCUCCAAGAAUUGAGAACGCAAGUCUCACUGAUCGUUAAAACCUCCGACCACAGCAAGACCCAUUAUUCGUCGAUGGCUUCAUUAUCAAACGGAAACACGACCACUCAUCAACCACCACCACUGCCCCCACCCCUCCCACCACCCACAACCCCCCACAUCGCAAGACGAUCGAGCCUCCAGGACCACAAAUUGGAGGACAGAAAGAAGCCUCUGGUAGUGCAAAAAUCAAUGGGAGAUAUGCUCAAAGACAUUGACAAAGUUAAAUUAAAACCUAUCGAAAGGUCCCCUGGAGGUCGUCCCCUGCGUCCAAAAAGGGUAAACGGCCCGUGGAAUGAUCUUCAGGAGAUCCUUCGUAGGAGAUACAUUGCCAUGGGACAGACACCAGACAGCAGAAACUCGUCCACCUUGACCAUGGACGACUCCUUCUGAGAUUAGAGGAAAAUGUUAAAUUCCGAAAAUUUGGUAUCAGAAAGUACUUGAGGGUUUAUUUUUUAUGGGGGAGAUACCUCGAGCAUUCCUGGGGCCUGAGGGGUCUUUAGUUUAUCAGAUAUGUGACAGAUGAAGAGGCAAUAGUGGAGUGGUGGAACGUAACAGGAUGAAAUAUUU